AUGGCGCCAGAGAGCUCUGGUCUGCUUCUCCACCCGUCUUCCAAUCGCCACGCCUCCUCCUCACCAAGGCUUCAGUGGGCCAAGACGAGAGAUACUGGCUGUCUGGGGUUGCUUUGCUCCGGCAGAGAGAAUGGCUUGAACAUCGAGGCAGCUGACCAGCUAGAACAGGACAGUGUACCCAAAACCCUUGUGUUGACGAGACCAAGUUCCUACAGCUCCCUACUGUCCCCAUACUGGACAGCACUCCAAGAGAAAGCUUCCAGGAUCAGUCAAAGUGCCUUUUGCGAGGGCUGUCACUGGACGCCUCGUGGUACCAGCAUCGAGCCAUCAUGGGAUCUGGACGAAGCGGACCCCCCCACGACAAGACUGUCAUAUUUUCAGGGCUCACCCCUGGCUACGCUCCAUUGCGUUUUCCCGCUACCACUUGGCCAGUUGACUGGCCGCCUCAUGAUUCGCCGCAAGAUGUUAUCCCCCAUGCUCGUACACUGGCUGUACAGAGCAGUAUCGAGACAGUCCGGGCAGGAUUUUGGCAUGCUUGUACGAGCAGCAACAUACAGCAGCCACAAGGCUCGGCCGCUCCCGAUUUGA